UUGGCGCGUUUUAUUCAUAACCUCCUCCCCGGGUGCAACAUAUUGAGUGCCUUUGUUGUAAAAAAAUUGCAGUUUUGAGGUAAUAUCGAGGAGGAAUCAUGAAGUGUACUAUCCCAGAGAUAUCCUGGCACAAUCGUGAUCCCGUUCUUAGUGUGGAUAUUCAGCCACAGGUUGGGAAAAAGGCAGAUUUCUACAGGCUAGCAUCAGGAGGAACGGAUUCGCAUGUUUUGAUUUGGCAUAUGCAUUUGGAGGAAGAUGGUCGAGUAUCUUUGGAGAUUGUGGCAGAUCUCACUAGACAUCAGAGAGCUGUGAAUGCAGUGAGAUGGUCACCAUCGGGAAAAUACCUGGCCAGUGCUGAUGAUGAGAGUGCGAUAUUCAUAUGGAAACAGAGGGAGGAAAAUGAGACAAUCAAUGUACUCGAUGUUGGCAAUGAUCAGGAUAAGGAGAUUUGGUUGACUUUCAAGAUCCUCAGGGGACAUUUGGAGGAUGUAUAUGAUUUGGCAUGGUCUCCAAAUGAUCUUCAGCUAAUCAGUGGAUCUGUGGACAAUACAGCUAUCGUGUGGGACGUUCAGAAGGGUAAGACCUUGUCAAUUCUCAGUGAUCACAAGGGAUUUGUACAGGGAGUUGCAUGGGAUCCUGCCAACAAAUAUCUGGCUACCUUGAGUACAGAUCGGUAUUUUCGCGUCUUUGACGUCCAUACGAGGAAAGUAAUGAGUAGAAAUGGGAAGUGUCAGCUUCCAGUGCCUCCAGAAUCUCCAAUGCACGGAAAAGUUGUUAGACUCUUUCACGAUGAUACCCUCCAGACUUUCUUCCGGAGGCUCACUUUUAGCCCCGAUGGAGAGUUGAUUGUGGCCCCAGCGGGUGUUAGUGAAGGCGAUGAAUCCCGGAAAGCCACAAAUACCACUUAUAUCUACACCAGAUAUUCCCUGAAGCAGCCUGCUGUUGUCCUUCCCUCCCGGGAGCAUCACACAGUCGCUGUGAAGUUCUGCCCGGUUCUAUUUGAGCUCAAGUCACAUGCGGAGGACCUACAACCCGUGAUUCCUCUGCCCUAUCGGAUGGUCUUUGCCGUAGCCACGAAGAAUUCCGUCUUUUUCUACGACACUCAGCAGACUCUUCCCUUUGGCAUCAUCUCAAACAUCCACUACACAAGACUCACAGAUCUAACCUGGUCCAGCGAUGGCAGACUCCUUGUGGUCUCCAGCACAGAUGGAUUUUGCUCCCUGAUAACCUUCAGUGAGGGAGAACUUGGCCAGAUCUACGAUGACACUCAAAUCAAGGAAAAACUCAUGGAGAAAUGGGAACAGAGCAAAAAAUCCGGAAGGCCCAAAAAAGCCAAGAAGGAAGGUCAUGUUGAGAGUAUUCCGACUCCAGAAAUCUCCCCCAAACGCCCGGAAACUUCUCCUCCAAAGGCGACACCGGAAAAGAUUCUAGAUCCGGAACUUGCUGAAAAAAUCAUCAAAAGCGAUGAGAAUUUCUCACCAGAGAAAAAGGAAAAGCCCCUAACUCCAAUUGCCGUCCGGAGGCAUCCUCGGAUUGCCACAGAAACUCCCUCACCUUCCCGGAAACAACCCAAUCCCAUCGCCAUUAGACGCCAUCCGCGAUCCCAGGAGACUGCAGCUCCUGGCACUCUUGCUCCAGGAGCAGUGACUGAGGAGGCUGUGGAUGCAUGGCCAGUGGAAACCAAGCCCUCUGAGGAACUCUACCGGGAGCCCCGGGCUAAUGAUCCAACGCAGGAAUGCACGGAAAAUAUCAAUCUCGUGAUUGACGAUGAAUCUGAGCAACCUUCUAAGGAAGACAAAGACGCAGAACCCAUGGAAGUGGACCAACCAACGACUCCAAGUGCCCCCAUCACCCCCAAAACUCCCCGCCGGGUCAACUUCAUCACAAUCUCCACGCCAAAAUCCAAGAAGAAGCUCCUGUAAAUGUAAUUAUUUCUGUCUUUUAUUUUUUGCUCAAAUAAAGUCUUCAGAGGAUCA